GCCUCACUUCUCUUCUACUUUAUUCCUCCUUCUCUACCUCCCUUCUCUCCCUCCCUCUCUCUACAUCUCCCGAUCUUGGCUUAGGGCUUUGUGUACACAAUUCCCUUCCACUAGCCACGCGUGUCGAUCUAUUCCCAAACAGAGAGUAUCCAACGGGAUUUUCAACAUGGGAGUCCUGGGCGAGAAGGAUGACUUCUCGACGGGCAUGCCCGUCGGGAAAGUCUCAUCGCGCGAAAUCAGUCAGGCCGAAGAAGGUGUGCUGGCUUCGGAGCAAGACUCGGAGCUCCAUCGCGCCCUCAAAGCUCGUCACAUUACUAUGAUUGCUAUUGGUGGUGCGAUUGGUACAGGUCUGCUUAUUGGAACGGGAGAGGCACUUGCGAAGGCUGGCCCCGCAGCUAUUCUCAUCUCAUACUCGUUUGUCGGUUUCAUCGUCUAUCUGGUCAUGUGCGGUCUCGGAGAGAUGGCUUCCUGGUUACCUCUUCCCUCUGGUUUCACUGGUUAUGCCAUUCGCUUCUGUGACCCGGCCUUGGGUUUCGCCAUGGGUUGGACAUACUGGUUCAAAUAUAUCAUCAUCACACCAAAUCAGUUAACAGCCGGCGCAAUGGUCAUCCAGUACUGGAUCGACGCAGACCGGGUCAAUCCCGGAGUCUGGAUCACCGUCUUUCUCGUGCUGAUCAUCGCCAUCAACUACUUCGGUGUCAGUUUCUUUGGCGAAUUCGAGUUUUGGCUGUCUUCCUUCAAAAUCGUCGUCAUCUGCGGCCUGAUCCUGCUGUCCUUCAUCCUCAUGCUGGGCGGCGGUCCCGACCACGACCGCAAAGGAUUCCGCUACUGGAAGGAACCCGGCGCCUUCAACACAUACAUCCAGCAUGAAAACAAGGCCGCCGGGCGAUUCUAUGCCUUCUGGGCCACCAUGGUGUCGGCGACCUUCGCUUACCUGGGUACCGAACUGGUCGGUGUGACCGUCGGCGAGGCCCAGAACCCGCGCCGCACCAUCCCCCGUGCGAUCAAGUUGACCUUCUACCGCAUUGUCUUCUUCUACGUGAUCAGCGUCCUGCUCGUUGGCACCCUCGUCCCCUACGACUCGAAGGACCUGGCCUUCGCCAAGGAGCAGAACACCGGCGCCUCCGCCUCGCCCUUCGUGGUCGCCAUCAAGCUCGCUGGCAUCCCCGCCCUCCCCCACAUCCUCAACGCCUGCAUCCUCGUCUUCGUCUUCUCCGCCGCCAACUCCGAUCUCUACAUCGCCACGCGCACCAUCUACGGCCUCGCCAAAGAAGGCAAAGCGCCCCGGAUCCUCGCGCGCACCGACCGCCGCGGCGUGCCCGUCUACGCGCUCAUCCUCUGCGCCCUCUUCGCCUGCCUCGCCUACAUGAACGUCUCCAGCGACUCCAAGGAAGUCUUCGGCUACUUCGUCGACCUAGUCACCAUCUUCGGUCUCCUAACCUGGAUCUCCCUCCUCGUCACCCACAUCUACUUCGUGCGCGCGCGCAAAGCCCAACAAGUCCCCGAGUCCGACCUCGCCUACAAGGCCCCCUUCGGCAUUGCCGGCUCCUACGGCGCCCUCGCCUUCUGCAUCCUCAUCUCCUUCACCAAGAGCUACGACUGCUUCACCCGCAACGAGGACUGGGGCACCUUCGACUACAAGACCUUCAUCACCGCCUACCUCGGCAUCCCGCUCUAUCUCAUCCUCAUCUUCGGCUACAAGAUCGCGACCCGCUGCAAGGGCGUCAUCCCCCACGAGGCGGACCUCUGGACCGGAAAGGAUAUCAUCGACCGCGAGGAGGCCGAGUAUCUGGCCCGUAAGGCGGAGCACGAGGAGCAACACGGCAAUGCGAGCUGGUUCUAUCGUGUCUUUGUUUCGUGGCUAUUCUAGAAUUGUAUUUUCGAUAGUACUUAUUUACUUCAUAUAUUUUUUUGAUGACAUGUUG